AUGACGGAAGGGCCUCUCAUUGUCGUUGGAAGUGUGACGCUGGAUCAGGCAGCGCGUUGCUACUCCCCGCUGAGCGCCCCGCUGUGGGUGAGACUCGAGUACGCCGUUUUAAGGCCCGUUGUGAAUCCCGCUUGGGCGGCGACAUUUGAGGUGGAUAUUGCGUAUGGACGCAUUUCUGUGCCGCUAGUUCAACCGACGGCGUGCUCGGAGUGUAUGACCGCUUUAAAUGUUCCGUCGUCUUUCCUUCAGCACACGCCGUCGGAUAGCAUUGCGACAUUGCAACCAGGUGAGUUGUAUCAGCUUGACGUGCAUCUUGAAACGAUGGAAUUGUCUAAAGUGGAAGAGAAAUAUGUGUUGCAGGUUGGGAUGCUUCGUCUUAUUUUGUUAUCCGGGAACACGGAAUUGGCUGAUGUGAACCAUGUGGUGCAGGUGAAGAAAAACGAUGAUGGUGAGCUAAUGCGGUUAAUCAUGAAUCCAUUGGUUUGA